AUGGACGGCUCCUUGGUCGGGCUGACGGUGGCCCUGACGACAGAGUUCGUCACGUCUUCUGAUGGAUCAAUGGCGGCCAUCGUCGGCAACUGCUCGACGAUCAUCGUCCGCAGUCACUUCAACCUCCAUCCCGUCGGCCCCAUGGGCUUGUUCGUUAAGAAUUUGGAGGUCGGAGAGUCUAAUCAACGAAAAAAGUAUUGCCCAUUGACAUUCCAGGCGCUGAUCAAUGAUGGAAUCGCCAGGAGAAUUCCGGACUUGCUCUGCAAUCGUCUGAAGAGAUUGAUCGAAGGACAGACGCCACGGCUUCUGAGGAGAUUGACGCGUCUGGAUGUGGGGAAGAACGUCGCCGAGAGAAUCGUCACUGAGAAUCCGGCUGUCAAUGAGUUGGUGGCUCUAAGGGCUCAAGAUAUAGAGAUAAUUUAUUUAGAUUCGAAUAAAGUUUGGUAAACAAAAAUUAAUUAAUUCAAACUUUUUUUGGCCUUAAUUUGAGCUUUCUCAGGCCGUUGAGGUAUCACAGAUCGCUUUUAAACUUCUGAAUGUAAAAAGACCACCAGAUGCAAAUUAUUAGGUCUGUGAACAAAAAAGUUGAAGUUCAUCCUUUUAGAAAAAUAUUCAAAACUCUGGUCAAGGGAUUUGGAAAUUAUUUAAUUAAAGUUUUUUUGAAUAGCAAAUUUGUAUUAGCCUCCGAUACUUUUUUUUGAGAAAAUCAAAAAUGAAACCUUCGCAAUAAUUAACACGGUGAGAAUUUUCAAGAAUAAUCUGUAUAUAAUUCACUGGAUCUUUCCUUUUUUUAGCUUCAUAUCAAAUCUCGUGGACGGUCUGUACAUUGACAAUGCAAACGUCGCUCAGCCAAUCAUCACUGACGACUUUUUAGAGACCCAAAACAGAGGUAUUCUGAUUGAUUUACAGCGCUUUAUUCACCUUUACCAGGUGAAUUUCGCUACAAUCGACAAACUGAACUGUCUCCAUUCUUCCCGAAGUCAGUUGGUUUCCCAAUCAUUCAUAAACUCCCUCUAGACCCAUGAGAAUCACGACAAAAUCCGACCGAAUGCUCCAUUUCUACGCCUCAGACUACCUGUUCAAUUCGAUGCUCUACCACGCUUAUCAAAUGAAUAACCUUCACAUGCAGGUUCCCCUUAUUGCUUCGCGUUGCUCAUGUUACCUGCUCAAUUCAGUUCAGUGCCGAUAACCUGCCGAAAGAGUUUGGAAGUUUCUUGUCGACGACCUGCGCUCCCAGAGAGCUUUGCAUUGGGCGGAUGAUCCCGCCGCUAGGAAAGGUUGGCAAAAACGGGCGAGGGGAUCGAACCUGUGACCUGUAGAUCUCUGUUCCAGCGCUUCCCCAACACGACCGCCUCAUUCGUUCUCAUUUCUCAUGGACUGCCGGACUUCAAGUUCAGCAACGACUCGGCCAUUGUGCAGCUUUCAAGUUUGCCAUUUCUUGAUUUUUAAAAAUGAUGAAACGUUUGAAAAUGACGUCAAUCUGAAAAUAAAAGGAUAAGGAAACAUGACGUCAUUCUUGAUCGAAGAAAAGAAUUGAAUCGAUGUUUGAAAGGUAACUUUCUGCUCGACAAAUGAAAUUUUGAAUGACGUCAUGAUCGAAUUCGAUAUAUUACAUCACUGAAGACCGCAUACAAAAACUUGGACCUACCGUAAGAUCUCCGAAGAAAAAUAGUUCGGAAAAAUGUGACGUCAAAAUUGCGACGCAUGCAGUCGUGUUGACGUCAGGAUUUUUGUUGAAGAUUAGGAUAAGUUUGGCUUUUCAUCACUUUUCAACUAAUUUGAAGUACUCCCCAAUAUUGCCGACUUGAGCCGUUUUUCAUAAAAAUUAUAAAAUUUUUACAAAUUUGUUUGACACGAUUCGUGAUACGGAUGCGCAGAAAGAGAUUCAUAAAGUUUCCGGAAGUUUGAUGAAGUAUGCAAGAGAUAAGAACAAAUUGAAUAAGUGAAGUGUUUUCAGUGAGGGUUCUGACCUACGUGAAGGAGAACGGUCGACAGCGUCAAGUGAUCGUUUCUUCGGCCGACGGCGACGCCGAAGUCCUGCUCUCCGUUGAAGGCGACAACCUCAGCGGCGAGCUCAAGCUCCGGACGUGAGUUGACUCAAAGGCUCCGUUGUAGUCAAGAGAAACUUGAAGAGGUGUUGAAAGAAGCAGAAUGGAGUUUAUAAUCGUCAUUUCUGUCUGAUAAUUCCCAGUUCAAAGAAUUUUAAUGACUCUGUUCUACUCCUUUCAAAGAUCUGAACAAGUUUCUCGAAAAACAUGGGAAUUAUCCAAUAUGGAGCUUCAGACUGGACGUUCGACUGCAUCGGACGGCCAUAGAAGGGAUCCACUCGCAAUCUUUUGCUCAGUUGGCCCCGCUGGCCAAGACUUUCAUCGGACCUCAUCUGAGUGACGCUUUGAAGCGCGGCAUUCCGUUCCCGUUGAAGGUUAAUUUUGUCAUUUUCUUUAAUUUCUCACCUACGAUAGCUUCCUUCUAGUCAUAUACUUACUAUAUUAAAGAAGUAUGUUACUUUGAAAUUUUGAUUCUUUGACAAAUUAUAGGGAAAAUUCGAGAAUCGAAAAGGUUUUCUCUAAUCCCUAUAGGGAUCAUUUUACCAUAUCACGUCAUCUUUCUCAUUAAACUCGAAUUUCAUCCUCUGAAAACCACAACUUUGAUUUCUGAUUGAAAUUUUUUCCAAUACAAAUGAUGUCGAAUCUCUUUGAGGACAUGAUGAAGCUGGUGGAUCCGAAAGUCCGUCGCCACGAGGGCUUCAUCGAACUUUCCACUGACUUCCAGCUCAACGAGUCGGCGUUCCGAAAAACCGUACGGGAAACUUUUGCCGAUGUGAAUGUAUGA